AUGAUAUCGAUUGAACCGAGACAGAAUUAUGCUCUUUCAUCAAAGGCCUUUCGAUACGGAUACUUUUAUAUGAGUUAUGAAAAAUUGGCAUCCUCACAGGCUGGAUUUAGAGUUUCCAAGAAUGUAAACAAUCCCACUUCGUUGAAUUUGGAUUAUUUACCAACAGGUGAUGGAUACAAUUCAAAUUUUGAUGAUAGCACGGCUGUUGUUAGCUCUAUAAUCAAGUUGAUACAAUUUUCAAAUCCGAUUGAUUAUUAUUUUGUCCUGUUUAAUCCAUCAUUGAGUGAGACUAGUAAUGUGACGAUUCAUUCAAAAAUUGUGGAGACCUAUAGACCUUUUUCAUUGUCGAGCAUGUAUUUUACGUAUUUGCAAAAAGGAGAAAUUGAAAAGACAUCAUGUCCUUCAACUAUUUCUCCGUGCAUUGAUAUUACUAAUUCAAAGUUUUAUAUUUCUGUUAAUCCAUCUGAUAUUUCAUCAGCUCAGUACAAGAAUAAUUAUCCAGUUAAUUUGGAAAUUUAUGUGCAAUAUUCAGCAAGUGCUGUUAAUUCAAAUGGUGAAUUGAUUUUAGAUGCCACUUCACCUUUUACCACUAUCUCUUUGAAAUCAUCACAAGAUUCUGCAUCUAUCACUGUACCAGUUCCACAAGGAGUUUUACAAGUUACAAAUGCAAAAGAUGUAAAGCCGUACUUGUGGUUUAAAUUUUUUGCUUUCUUUAUGUAUAGAGUUAAGAAGGCCAAGAUUGGAAAUAAGAAAGUUACAGAUCCAAACGCAAACAAUCAUCAAACAUUACAGCCUAUUCAGCAAGUUGAUCCUAUAAUUCAAAAUAGACCUGUUAUUAAUAUUGAUUCAAUUCCAUCAUACAAGUCAGAUAAUAGGUCAGAUAAUGGAGCACCCAUUGCCUCCUAUGUUCCUCUAUCUAAUACGGAUUCGAAAACCUCAACCUUAACUGGACUCACCAAUAGUUUCAAUUCACCAAUGGAUUCAACACCAACCCCCACUCAGCCUCAAAGUGAACAAGGUGAUUUAUUGAAUAUGAGAUACAAACCUAUUGAAAAGAUUGGAAAUGGAUCUUUUGGAAUUUGUUUCCUUUGUCAAGACACAAAGAGAAAUAAUCAGCUAGUCGCUAUUAAGGGGAUUAAUUUAGAAAGCAACGAUCAAGAGAAGAUUAUUUCAGAACUUUCAAAAUCGGCUACCAUUCAACACCAAAGAAUUGUGGAAGUUUAUGAAUUCUUUGUUUCCAAACAAAUGAAUGCAUUCUGUCUUGUGAUGAAAUAUUAUAGUGGAGAUUUGGAAAGAUGUGUGUUGAAAUAUGGAAAAAUAAUGCCAGAAAUUGUUGUCAUUCAGCUUUUGAAACAAUUAGGAGAAGGUUUCGAUUAUCUUCACAGAGUAAAGCAAGUAGUUCAUAGAGAUGUGAAACCGAGAAAUAUAUUUGUAAAUAAUUUUGAUGAGCUGAAUAAUCAAAUAUCAGUUGUUAUUGGAGAUUUGGGUGAAUCCAAAGAACUGUUUGUUCAAGAAAACACGAUGAGAGGUACAGUUCUUUACAUGGCUCCAGAAGUAUUUAUUGGAAAGUAUGGAUUCCCUGCUGAUAUUUUCUCAUUGGGUGUCAGUCUUUAUCAUGUCAUGGUUGGAAUGAAAAACCUAAAUGUGCCAAUUGGUCAGCAAAUGCUAGCCAGCUCUGAACAGGAAAUUAGUUCCAGAAUGAGGGAAGAAAUGCUGAAAUUAGGAUACAGUGAUAAGCUUGUUGAUUUUGUAAUCUCCAUGAUUCGUGUUAAUCCUAAUGAUAGACCAACAGCAGAGCAAGUCAAAGCAUUCACACCACUCGAUUUGGCGUAA